AUGUUUAACAAAUAUGAUAUAAAUGAAAUUCACACAUAUCUAGAGAAUCCAUUUCCGCGUAUUCCAAUGAAUAUUGUAACGACAAAUCCUACCAAAAUGAACAUCAUUAUACCAAUCAUAUCCGAGCCUGUGCGCAAUAUCAUGGAUUUUACGCUGCUAGUGGCAGGUACUAGCUUAAAUGCUUUACUAGGUUUCAUUAUUGCAUCAAAUUCUUCCAUGUACACCUCUGCGAACUGCUAUAUAAUAAGCUUGGCGUUAUCAAAUUUGACAAUCCUACUCGAACCGCUUCAGCAAAUGUUUCGCUGGAUUUUCGAUAUAGAUUUGAUGAUGAAUCUCGACUACAUAUUUUUGGUGAGCUUCGGCGCAUCCAUCCUAACAAUUAUAAUAUUAAAUAUCGAAGUUUACGUUGUCAUUUGUCAAAAAAAUUGGCACUUUCGCAAAUCACUCGUAAAAAUUUCAACAGCUGUAAAAGGCAUAUUAUUCAUAUGGAUAAUGUGCGUUAUGGUGACAGCUAUGGAACUAAACCUCUACGAUCAUUAUGAGAAAGAAGUUGUAUACGACAUUUAUGUGUCAUCCACCGUUAUGUUUUUAAUAUUCCCUUGUUUUAUUUUUAUUAUACUUGACUUCUUCAUUUUGUACGACUUAAUAAUAUCAAAAUUAAUAAUCGGAACAUGGCCAAGCAAAGAUAUCGAAUGUUUCGUUCUUUUAGUUGGUAUUACUAUUGGAUUUUUUCUAACUAUGAUACCAUAUCGGGUGGUGAGAGCUAUUGCUCUUUUAACAUCGGCAACGUCUUGCUGUAGCGAUACGACGAUAGAGAUAGUUUAUACGAUGGUUAAAAUAUAUCCGAUGAUCCUGCCAAUAAUAUGUUUCAUAGCAUGUAAAGAAUAUCGUCAAGCACUUGGAGUAAUGCAACAUAUUACUAAAGAGCAUUGA